CCAUCGGCUUCAUUGGCAGGGUUACUACCGACUAGGCCAGAGAAGUCUCCAAAUUAUGGCAUUUUAAACUGCGUAGUGAAGUCGGUUCUCUUCAGUUUGUAAAUUCUUCAUAACGCGGCGUCUGUUGGGCGUAAUCUAUGGCUGUAUCGAAUCUAAUUUAUAGGAAAAUGAAAGAUGUUAUGACACCUGUUGCUAAUCAUAUUCCGGUUUGGAAUUGUAACGGUUUGAAUGUAACGGAAAUUGAGCCUUUUGUUUCUUCUGCUUUUGUUUUGCGAAUUGGUCUAUAAUGUCUAUAGGGACCGUGCGUGUUGGAGGGUCUGCCAUCUAGUGGCCUGAAUCGGAACCAUAAACAUGUAAAUUUACACGUCACGUGUUUUCUUGUGCAUAGUAGGUUCUGCCAUCUUGUGGGGUACAUCGGAACAAUAAACAUCACAAUUACGCCUCGCGCCAAAAAUCUGACGGUUCCUGUGCUGCCUCCUACAGUUCAUGCACGCUCCCCAUAGUCGGCGUAACGUCUGAAUUGCAAGCGUUAGAGAUGUAGGUGGGUUUUUUGUACGAAAGAUGUAUAGAUACCUGCAGGUAUUCACUGUGAUCUGUACCCGUAGUGUAAAUUUAAUGGACAUCAUAACGUGACGAACGCGUUUGCGUUAAGUCUCAUUUUGUAUAGGAUUUUGAGUUUCCAAAACGUCCCGCUUGGCGCGCUCUUUCUAAAUCCAAUACAAAAUCGAAUUUAUUUACACUAGGGGUACAGUACCCUUAGUGUAAAUAAAUUCGAUUUCGAAACGUGACGUACGCGUUUGCGUUUAGUCUCAUUUUGUAUUGGAUUUAGAAAGAGCGCGCCAAGCGGGACGUUUUGGAAACUCAAAAUCCUAUACAAAAUGAGACUUAACGCAAACGCGUUCGUCACGUUAUGAUGUCGAUAAAAUUUACACUAGGGGUACUGAGCACAAGAGUGUAGAUCGGAAGUUACAUGCGCGUUGCCGACCCUAAUACUCCGCACCCUCGUUGAUCUCUUGCAUUCAUAUUCACCGGCGAAUUUUGAUGUAAUUUGUUAUGGAGAUAGCUUUUAUCAGUCAUCAUCAUUCUCCGCGGACGCAGUCGCGGACAGAAACUAGUGUUGAAAUAUAGAUAGACUAGAAAAAAACAGUUUCAGACGAGAUUACACUUUUGUUUCUAUUUUCUAUCCUUUAUUUCUAAGCAAAAACCGAAAUAUCUGUAAUGUCUCAAUAGUUAGAUCAAUUCAGUCAAAGAAUUAAUUUAAAAUGGUGCCAUAUUCUAGAUUGCUCGAUCGUUUGUCAACUUUUACUCAAUUCUUUAGCUCGUAUUUAAAUCUCAGCUGCAACACCUUGCCCGAUUCGCUUGACAGAAUACUGCAAUUGAUACGUUUAAAAAAUGACCUUUCUUUAAAAACUGCAACAUUUAACUGGACAAUAGUGGUUCUUAUGUCUUUGGAAUAAGGUUUAAGAAUUGACAGUUAAAUGUGGUAGUUUUAUAGGGUUAUUCUUGUGAAAGAUCUAGUGGAUGUAAUGUUUGAUUUGUAUAAAAUAAGUAGCAGUUGGGAAUUACUGUUCGUUAGUGCUGCGUUUGGAUAAGGCACUAUGGCGUUCAAGCUCAUUAUUUUAGCAGCCGCGCUGCAACUGGCAGCAUGUAAGCCGACGCUAACGCUCGAAGACAUGGAAGUUGCUGAUGACACGGUGGCAGUGGGGUCUUACGUUAGAGAAGUUCGGGCGGCGGCGCCCGAGGACUACCACAAGUCGUACGAGAACGAGGGAGAUGGCGAGAUCGGCUACUCGCGCAAGAAGGAGGGAGGCGGCAAGAAGGGAUACCAGCACUUCGACAGCUUCCAUAAGAAGGCUGGCGACAACUAUGAAUUCGAAAAGCAAGACUCCUUCGGACACGACGAUGGCGGCAACCAGGGCGCAUACAGCCACAACCACGAAAGAAGAGAAAAAGCCAAGAAGGAGAAAUACAGAGAACCGGAGUACGAGGCAGAAGAAAGAAACAGCGGGGAACAGAAGGACGAUCAUACUCAUGAGGAGUUAAAAGAGGGCGCCAGCGAUGGCAAUGGCGGCGUCGAAGCACACGGCCACGACCCGAAGGAUUACAUUCUUCCCGAAAAAUAUGUUUAUGGCGAAGGAGAUGAAUACAGCUUCUAGAAUAAACUUAGUUUAAAGAAAUACUUAUUUGACUGAUAGUAUUUAGGGCUGGGUAGUUGUAAGUUUAUCAUUGCAUGUAUUAAAUAGGUAUGCAUUUUUAUGUUCUUAUUUUUGUAUGUGACUUACAAUAAUUGGCUAAAACAAAAAUAAACUUCCGAAUGAUUAUGACAGGAAAUGAAAUAUCUAAAGGCAGAACCAGACGAUUAUGUAGAGUAGAGACUCUACAAAAUAAACCUAAAUUAGCUAACAACAACUUAUGUAAAAAUUUGUAGCAAAAAAAUUAAAUGACUGACGGAAAA